CACCCCCGCCCCCAAUCUCCUCCUCUUUUUCUCACUACAAGCGGUUGCUGCUGCUGAAGCCGAGCGUCACUUCGGCUCCCACGGCAGACAUGGCGACAUUGACAGUGGUCCAGCCGCUCACUCUGGACAGAGAUGUUGCCAGAGCCAUUGAAUUACUGGAAAAACUACAGGAAUCUGGAGAAGUACCAGUGCACAAGCUUCAGUCCCUUAAAAAAGUGCUUCAGAAACAUGCCUUUGUGAUUCAUCCACACUGCUGCAAUGUAUAUCAAUAUAUGCAUGAAACGAUAACUGUUAAUGGCUGCCCCGAAUUCCGUGCCAGGGCCACAGCAAAGGCAACAGUUGCAGCUUUUGCUGCUAGUGAAGGCCACUCUCACCCUCGGGUAGUCGAACUGCCAAAGACUGAUGAAGGCCUUGGUUUUAACGUGAUGGGAGGAAAGGAGCAAAAUUCCCCCAUUUAUAUCUCUCGCAUCAUUCCUGGAGGGGUGGCCGAAAGACACGGAGGCCUCAAAAGAGGAGACCAGCUGCUGUCAGUGAACGGAGUGAGUGUGGAAGGUGAACACCAUGAGAAGGCCGUGGAACUCCUCAAGGCUGCUAAGGACAGCGUCAAGCUGGUGGUGCGAUACACCCCGAAAGUCCUGGAAGAAAUGGAGGCUCGUUUUGAAAAGCUGCGGACAGCCCGGCGUCGACAGCAGCAGCAGCUGCUAAUUCAGCAGCAGCAACAGCAGCAGCAGCAACAAACGCAGCAAAACCACAUGUCAUAGGUCCUUGAAGAAAAGCUACUUGAUCAAACAUCUGGUAGUCACAAAUUCGAAACCGUGCUUCUGAAUCCCAGCACACAAUCAAAAGAAAAGACAACGCUGAUAAUUAUACCUGUCAAGAAGCUGUGAACACGUGGUGUAUAAAUUCUUUACCAAGGCAACUCAACACCUUCUUUCUCCGAGGCUGCACCCCCGCCGCUCACCGCUCUUCACACACACAGACCUUCCAUUCACUGCAGUGGGAAUUCUCUGUGUGUCAAUGGAGAGGCUUUCCAGGCUGCAGACUGAAACAGUGUAAGAUUGAAGUCCAUGACUUUCAGAUAAAUCACCAGGGCCGGGAUUAAGUGAAUCUUGGAUCUACAGCUUUUUCAGAGAUUAACAAAUCCCUCAUUAGGCUGUAGUUCAAACUGCAUCAGUUCAAUAUUGUCUCCACCUAAACCUACACAUUGCCCCUCACCCUGACCUGUUUCAUAUCCAUAUUGCUGAGUUGUCAGAAUUAGAAAUUCAGUUACUUGCAAAUUCAAUGUCCUUUCCCUUCUUGAAAACAAGUAAUUAUACUAUAUUUAUACUCUUUUACAGGUUCUUAAAGCAAUUGGCUUUUUAUUUUCUGUUUCCAUGAAUUUUAUUAUGCAUUAAUAGAGUGGGGCAAUAUAGCUCAAUUUUAGUUUGCUUGAAGCAAGGAUAGAGAAGUCUAGUACUGUAUUUUUUUUAAUUUAAGUAUUGCUUGUAUCUAUUAUUACUUCUAACAGAAUAUAAUAUAUAUUUAUUCCACAAAAUAUAUAUUAUCAGAGUGUAUUUGUUUCCAACUUAAGCUUUUUCUUACCAAGUGUUAUGAAUCUGGUAAGAGAAUAAUUAGGAAAGGACCUAGCUUCAUGGACUGAUCUUCAUAUGAUAUUUAUAUAUAACCCUGCUCUCAAUAUUUUUUGUUUUAUAUUUUUGAUUGACACACUCUAGAGAAAUCUGAGCUCUUUCCACUUACACUGAUGUUCUGUCCUAGAAGUCUAUUUGAUAUUUUAAAGCUUACGGUUAAAAAAAAAUUAUAAUGUGUGCAUAUGUAUACAAAUAUGUAUGUGAUACAAAGUUUAGAUCAGUUUUCCAAAAGGAUAUUUUUGGCAGUCUAAGGUCCAAAGUAUUAUCCCUUUUAAAAUUAGGCAUAUGUAAACCAGUGAUAUUAAUAUUGUGAAUGAAAAGAUACUGUUGCUGCUAGAAGAUAAAGAUGCCUACUUCAUUACACAGAUUCAUGCAGGUAAAUAGACAAUGAGCUAAUCUUUCAGGAAGGAUCAUUCACUGGGACAUGAUCUGUUAAAGCCACAUAUGCAGAUCAUAACUUUUGACUUACGGUAAAUCUAGGCAUGUAAGUCUGAUUUUACUCUGUGGAAUGAAUAGGAAGCAAUAAUUAUCCGUGCACUUAAAUUAAAUACCUAAAGCACACAAGCAUACCUGAAAAAAGGAUAAAUUUCUAAUUUACACUUGCAACAUACUAGAUAGAUCAUUAAAACUGAGGCGAGUAUUUGAAUAUUCUUUUUUUCUCAAAUGCCAAAAUUGAUUUCCCAAGAUGCAAUAAAUUUAACAUUGCAGAUAGUCCUCCAAAUUAAAAAUUUACAAAGCUCAGUUUAGGAACUGUUCCCUUGAAAAUAAAAUAAAACUAAUCAGAAUUACCCAUCACAUUUUACUUUGCCCUGUCCAGUGGUAUUGCCAAUGCCAAGUUCUGCCUACUCUUCAUAGUCCAUCACCCAACAGAGAAUGAACAGCAAGGAGACUAGGAGGCAUGCCAAUUUCAACAAAGUUCUGCUGUGGUAACAGAGUCUCACCCUUGAAAACUUGUUUUUUACUAGAUAGAACCAGGGGGUAGGGCAAGGGUGAGGACCCUGACUGUACGGCAAGCAUAGGUUUACAGAAGAGGAAAGCAUGACUAAAGGAAACAAAUGGAGACUGCUUACGUAUAUUCAGUUUAUAAGAGGUAGUUCUCAUUUUUAUAAGAAAAAUUUAAUAAAACAUAUAUUUUAGUUAUCAUUUAACAAAGAAAUAUUUAAGUUAUUCAGGCGAUGCCACAGAUUCUCAGACAGGGAGAUCGUUGAACCCUUGUGAUGAGAAAAUGGUCAUUUCAACACAUUUUAAUGCAUUGUAUAAAUUUGGAGCUUAAGGUGAGUAUGUUUUUAUUUAGCUCUGUUUGGUUAAUGUUAAAUUAUCAUGUAUACACAUCGAUAUUAUAAAUAUUGUCAUGGGAUUACAGAAAAAUUAUCAAAUGAGCAGAUACCUUAUAUUUGUGUUUUCUAGAAGUCUUUGUAUUUUUAUGCUUCAUUUGCAUAAUUUUAAGUGCUAACAAAUGCACGCGAGGCCAUUUGUCACCAUGAAAGGACAACCCAUUAACAGCUAAGGCAUCUAAGGACAAGAUUACAUGUCACAGUGGUCCUAUAUACAAGUGACCAGUCAGAUGGUCAGUUUUCUUCAGUGAAACCGUGUGUUAAAAUGUCUCCCCCUAAAGUUUUAAUCAAAAAUAACCAUUCCAAAGACUUAGAGAGGAUCCCUGUGGUUCUCUAGCUCCCCUGAAUCUAGAGGUAACAGAAACAAUUACCACUACUUGUUUUAGUGCUCUUUAUUAUUAAUGAUUACGUUAGAACUACUGACGUGCCCAAAAUCACAUUAAAAACACAUGAAUUGCUCUUACAUGAAGCUCAAUCUUUAACAUAAUAAACAAACUAGAUAUUAAAAGGUAUGGGGGAAAAUCAGUUGUGACUAUUUAGUGAUCCUCGUGAAUUUUUUUCUUUCUUUUGGUCAAGCUGGUGGCCUGAUUUUUCUAAACUCUUUGCUCCUGUGAUUUUGAAGGCAGAUACACAUACCAGAACCUUUUCAUUGGGCAUUUGUACUUUGAUUCUGGUACCAUUUGAAAUAGAAAUAGAAGAUCCUUGGGGAGUUAAUGAGCUUAUAUUGCAAUUGACUUUGAAAAGAAUAACAGACUUUGGUCAGUGCUUCAUCAUAUACUCAAUAGGAGAUUCUCUAUGUGAAUUACCACUAUUUUGUAAGACAGUGCUAAGAACUAAGUACAAAAUCUAGCAUUAAGGGGCUUCAAGGUUGUCUCCAAAAAACUUGCCUGGAGAUUAAUUGCACCAAUUUACAAAUGCAGUUUUCAACAAAUCAAAACAGAUCUGACCUCAGUUUAUUUUACUUAGCUGUGCCUCUAGGACUCCAAGAUGUAAUAUUUUGUCAACAUUUUAAACCUCUAUAGAUACUUGUGGAUAUGUGAAUAAUGCCUGAAUUUCUUCUAGCUAGUUUCUGUUUAUCAUACCCAGCCUGUUAGGCCAGCUUUAGACAGCAUUGUGAAGUAGAAGUCUAUGCUCUAAAGGUUCAGAAGGCAGCAUAAGGCAAGAUCUCCCCAAACUUGUGAUAUUCCUACCCAUCUUGACCCUCUCUAGAACACAAACUAAAUGAGAAAGGGCUGUGGCUGUCUUGUGGACUGUUGUAUCCUUUUCUCCUGAUAUAAUGUCUGGCACAGUGCAGGCAGUCAGUAUUUGUUAAUGAAUGACUGAGUGACAGAACAGGUGAAUACACAAAUAAAUUUGCCUUCAGAUAACUUGAAUAUUUUACCAACUUACACUAAUUGGGACUAUAAUUCCUGAAUGUUAUAGUGAGAACUAGAAUUGACUCCUUACAAAUACUUUCUAGAUAUAUAAGUUUGGAAUCAAUUACUUCGAAGGCUUCAAGGGUUUGAGGACAUUUAGAUAGGAAUAAUGUUUCAGGAAUCUAAAAGCUUUACAAUGAAUAAAACUCAAACUUUCUAGUUCUUUAUGAUGCUCCUUGGCAAGGAUAAUCCAAACAUGGGAGUCCAUUAAUCAGUUUUAUAAACUAUAUUUUUAUUGUUAAAAAAUAAAGCAAGUCACAUCAUCAAGCAUAUUAUUAUCUCCUUCAAUAUGUAUUAACAACUUUUUUCUAAGGAGUUUAUAAUAAUUGGAGUUACCAUCUCUAAAUCUUGUCUUGCUUUCAAAAGAUCACUCCCAUAUUUGACUCCUAGAAAGUACCUAAGCUUAAGAUUAAUGACAUCAUUAUUAAAACUUCUCCAUGUGUGUAUUCAUUUAACAAAUAUUAUUGUUUACCUAAUAUGUGCUAGGUUCUGGAAAUAAAUGGCAAACAAGACAGAGCGCCCUCAUGGAGCUCAGUCUGAGGACCUCCUCAUCACCACUCUAGCCAUAAGUAGAGUUUCCUGUUUAUCAGGUCCCUUGGUCCCUUUUCACAGCUGAUAAAGGAAAUAAAAUCCCUAACCCCAUGGAAAUCAUGAAGACUCCAUGCACAUAUUUAUGGUCUUGCUUUUCUAAACACCACUCAAAAAUGCUGCUCACUUUCUCCACACACCAUAGUUACACCCCAGUGAGGUCUGUAAGUAAUAAUUUACUCAUAACUAAUAUUUAGCUCUUUCUAGGUUCUACUAUGCUCAGUACUUUAAAAGACUAUCAUCGAAUCCCUUCAAAACUGUACGUAGUAAGUUCCAUUUUAUAGACAAGAAAACUGAAGCACUGAUAUAUAUGUGACUUGUUCAAGGUCACACAGCUAACAGGUGGAACGAGGAUUUGAACCCAUGCACUAACACAAGAGCUCAUGUCAAAACCAUCCUCUGUAGCUUGGGGAACAGCAUUACAUUAAAAUAAAUGAGUCACUGUAUAUAAAAGUACUUUGAAACUAUAGUAUACAAAAAGAUAUUUGUAAAGUAUUAAUGGUCAAAAAACCACAUCAGUGGCAGAAACAGGAUGCAAUCUAUGUUGCAGCUUUCUCUCAUGAAGAACACUUCAAGCCAGAGAUGUGGAUGAAAGUACAGAUCCAUAAAUUUUCUGACAUAUAAACAUUUUGAUGACUUUUCAGAAUUACUUGUAAGCCACUGUGUCUAUUUGGUGCUACAAAAAAAUAAAUAAAAAAAAACAAACCUGAAAGAAACAACCCCUUGCUGUAAGGGCUUAUAGUAAAUACACAGUGUGGAGAAGAACCAAGGAUAUUUCACAUUUAUGCGGAAAAAUUGGGCAGUAGUACUAUUUUCUCAUCGUUGCAUGUGAUUGUCUUUCCAAUUGUGUUUAUUAUUUUUCUGAAAGAGCUGCAAAAUUGUGCAGUGGUUCAACCUGACCAAAGUGGUAUUAUGCUGCUGGGAAAGUAAAAAUAUUAAACACCA